AUGGCUGAUGCACGAGAAUUUCGAAGCCUAGUAGGAGGGCUGCUCUAUGUGUGUCACACAAGACCCGAUAUUGCCUUUAGUGUGAACAAAGUGGCCCAGUUUAUGCACGCACCAAGAGAGCAACAUAUGUUUGCUGCUAAACACAUUCUGCGUUAUCUAGGUGGGACAUUGGACUAUGGUCUGGGGUUUGUUCCAGGCAAGUUGCAUAUAUCAGCUUUCUCGGAUGCUGAUUGGGGUGGCUGUGUAGAUGAUAGACGAUCGAAGUUUGGUUACUGUGUUUUUGUUGGAGGAAGUUUAGUAACAUGGAGCGCAAAGAAACAAAAGGUGGUGUCAUGA